UCCGUUUCUACAAUUCCAAACUUUGAAUUAAAUUCUUAUGUAAUGAUCAAUUACAUUUGAUAUAUUUGAACGAGUUAAAAGCGUCAACCUUCAGACUACUAAAAUAAAUUGAUCUACAAUACAGUGAAACUUCUCCAAACCGGCCCCUCAGAAAACCGGUUCUCUCUGAAUAUCGGCCGAUUUUCAAAGUCCCGGCAGACACCUUAACAUUUCCUUACAGAGAAAGUCUCACAAAACCGGCCACCCCUGAAAACCGGACAUCGGCCACUUUUUAAAGUACAAUUGUUAACAAACAUGUGUAAUUUACCCUUAUAAUACCGGCCACUAUUUGAAGACUAGCAAAUUUUGGCCAUAGGAGUGAUUAAGACCGGCCAGGUGUAAAAAAUGACUGACCUACCAGCCAGGUGGGAAUUAUUGACUGAAGGUGUGAAAAACACGAGUGGCCUCUAUAAGUUCUAUAGUUUACCUGUGUUGUCCAGGGUGUUAAUUGGUGCUUGGCUAAUCUAAGUAACCCUUUCAAAUUUCUGUACGAAAUGUUAUAAACAGAUAUGCACAUAUUGAGUGAGUACAACCAAUACGCCAUAUUGUUGCACUAUGGAUAUAAGCGGUAGUUAAUAAACAACAAACCCAUGACUGUUAAUGAUAACUUUCAAUAGAAAAAUGAUUUUUGGGGGGUUUCCAUAGACUUAAAAUUCCUAAGAAACAUCAAAAUUAAAAUUAUAUAUUUACUUCUGUACUUUUCAAAAACGUCAAAACAAAUUUGUUAACGAUAUAAGCAAUGGACGUAAACAGGGUUUUUAUAGGUAAGAGGAUUUCCAAUAAUAGGCCUCUGUGUUUUCUUUAUGUAUCCUCUUAUAAUUUUUUAGUUAAAAUUAGAUGAUUGCAGCAAGACUAUUGCUCGUAAUAAUUACCUGUAGGUGCAAGUGGACUAGUUUGAUCUCCACAGAUAAUUGAUCAUAGAUACCCAUAUCAAAGUGAGCAGUGCCUACUCUGUACCUACUCUGUGUAUUAAUUGCAGCAAUCAAAUGGUUAUGUGUUUGUUUUAAAUAUUAAAACAUAAGCCGAAAUUCUACAUAAAUGCUGCUAGUCUACAAAUUUCUAUACAUAUAUCAAAUGCAGUUUUAUUUAAACGGAUUAUUUAUGCAUGUCAAUGUAAAAAUUGUUUAUUCAUGUUUAAUUAGUUUUAGUGCUAUAAAUUGAAAAUAAACAUGUUAGUAAAUUAUUUUGUUUUAUUUCCAAUAGUGAAAUAUUAGUCCUUGAACACCAUAUUAUAUGGUUUGUGGUAUCUCAAUGAAAUAUCUAAUAAAAUUGAGCUGAAAUGUCUCUAAAUGCUAAAUUCUCGGUAUACCGGCCACCCCUCUAAACCGGCCGGUGUUUUUUUCUCGGUCCGACAGCUGGCCGGUUUAGAGAAGUUUCACUGUAAUCUUAAUUCCCGUAAUAAAACUUUAAAUUCAAAUUAAUCUUUAGAAUUAUUUCAAUUCUUUAGUCUAGUUUUCAGAAGAAAAGUAAGAGUGACAUACCUGACCGUAUUGUCCAUCACAAACGGAUGAGUUUCAUCGGGCUUGAUAUACCUGCCAGAAUAACAGUGAAAACUCUUAAAUCUGAUGUAACAAUCAAAAUGCAUUACCCCUAUUAAAACUGUUAUGAUGCAAUAUAUCAAAGCACCCGCUUUCGAAACGAGGCAUAUUUUCCGUGUCUCGCUUGGAUUUUUUCGCUUUACCACAUGUAGGUCAUCAAUGAUUGUGUGCAUGAUGUUUACCUUCACGUUUUACAGAUUUCGUUGAUUUUAACGACGGUACAAAAACGUUGUAACUUAUGAUAUGGACUAACGUCUGAACUGGUAUGUUAUAUCAAAAUUAAUGAGAUUUUUGAAACAGAAACUGUAUAAAAGUCUUUGCACAUUAGCAAUGUUACUCGCCAUUCAUUCAUCUUGAUGUAAUAAUGAGGGAAUGUUUGUUAGGUGGUUGAUUUAUUCCUUAAGUUUCCUUUGAAAGUUAUAAGAUUCAAUUGAACUCUUCUGCACAUGUAAGAUGUAGAAAAUGUAUCAAAGUGCAUAAAAAAAAAAAAAAGAGAAAUAAUAAAUUCAAUAUGGCGUCGCAUUAUUGAUUUUAAACCAGUUAAAUCCUGUUUAUCGUGUUCUGUCUCGACACGUUUACCUGUGCUACGCUUGACGGCGUCUUCACCGAAAAAACGACACUUGUACCCUUAAGAAGAUGUUUAAAACAUAUAUCAAUAUCAAUGAUUUUGAUUGAUUGAUUGAUUUUAUUUUGUUCAACAUCCCCUUGGAACAUUUUCCCCUCAUAUUGAGACGUCACUAAUGAGUUUGAAGGGCUAAACAUCUUAAGCCUAUGAUUGGCAUUCAUGAACAAAGGGCAGGGAAGGAUCUUUAUCGUGUCACACCUGCUGUGACACGGGACCUCGGUUUUAGCGAAAAGCCACAUCGAAAACAAACGGACACAGAGAUUCCCGAUUAGGGGGAUCGAAAACAGAGAGAACUACAAUCCCCCGAAAGACGACGUAUCAACUCAGUGCUCCGGAUGAGACUCACAUUCCUAUAUAUACAUCCACUAUGGAUCGACAAGACCAUUCAGAUGGGCAACCAAAGUCUUCUGAUGAGGUCCCUCGGUCCCCAGUAGCAGAUAUUGCACCGGAUAACCCGGAAAUUGUCACCGUAGAGGACGAAGAUGAAAAUGAAAUCCAGGGAGAUACGCUCACCGAAAGAUGGAGAGAAUCUUUAUCAGAAAGCUUUAAUGGCCAAAUCGAACUCCUCUAUCUUGUAAAACAUGGAGAAGAACUUGUCCGUAGAAUUUUCAAUCAAUACGUCAAACCAAAUAAAUUAGCUGAAGUAAUCAGAGAACACCGGAAAGCCCUCACAAAAAAUCUAAAUCAACUGCAACAAGCAAAGCUGUUUCCAGAAAAUGAAAAUGAAAUCUGUACAAAGAAAUACGACAUUACUGUAUUGAUUACAUUGAUAAGAAGAAUCCCACUCCAAUUAAAUCCAACAGAAGGGUGGGACAUUCCUUUUCCGAAAGAUGAACAUGUAUCAAAAGGCGAUGACAUCCAACGAAUCUAUGCCUGCAGAAAUUACGUCUGUCACACGACACUGCAUGCAGAUUUCGAGGAAAUCACAAGACAUACAGAAAUCAUGGUUCUGGUUAUCAAGCGUCUUGGAGGAGACAAAUAUGCAAACCAAGUUUUUCCGCAUAUGAAAACCUUGACGAUUCCUACCUUUGUGUGUGAUGCAGAAGAAAAACGACAUGAUUUUCCUAAACAUGAAAUUGUUAAAGAAAAUGUGACAGAUACAUGGCGAGAAGAUGAUCGGCUAUACUUUGAAACCCAUUCCUUCGAUAAGAUAUUUAGUAUAAUAACAGCAAAUAGACAAUCAACAGUCAUCGGUGGGCCAGGAGUAGGUAAACGAGCUCUAGUUCGUCACUUGGCAUUAAAGUUGGAACAAGAGAAAGGAUACAACAUUGUUUCCAUUACAGAACCUGUGGAAAUAUUAUCACUUGCAAAUCCCGACGAAAAACAAGUUUUUGUACUUGAAGAUCUUUCUGUGGAAAGGGCAAUAAGUGGGAAUCUGCUCUCUGAUUUCUUAACAUUUAGAAUCGAAAGUUUCAAUUUGAGAAAUGAUUCCAAAUUACUGAUCACUAUGCGAACGUUUGCGUACUUUAAAGCCAGAGAACACUGCGUGUUUUUACAAUCAAGACAUGGUGUAUUAGAUUUGGAAAGUGGACAUUUCUCUUUGAAUGAUAUGGACAAAUUAGAAAUUUUUCGAAGUCAUUGUAAAGACAGUAGAAAUGCCUGUCCAGAAGAGCUACUAUUAAACACAGAAGGGAGUAUGUUUCCAGCAUUAGUACAUAGGUUUGCAAACAAGCCUAUCACAGGUACAAGCAUCGAUUUUUUCAGAAAACCUUACGAAUAUUUACAUGGGGAGUUGGAGAGAUUAAAGAAAGAAGAUAAGAUGCAAUAUCUGACACUGCUUGUACUCUGCUUUUGGAAAGAUUGUACAUCUUCUACUGGUAGAGUCAAAAUUAUCUGUAAACUUUUUGAUGUAUAUAACUUAGAACUUAGAUAUGAAAAUUAUACUCGUCUUUUAGAAUGCUUAGAGUUAUGUGAGGGAACAUAUAUAUAUCGUAGUGGUGACAAGUUUGAAUUUUCACACCAGUGCUUCAGCGAUGUAAUUGCUUACGAAGUGGGGAAAGAUCAUCUAGAUUUGGUACUCCGGUAUAUCAGCAUGGAUGUUGUAGGACGAAAUGUACUCGUAGGAAAGAAAUGUAAAUCUACAGUUCCAUAUGUCAAAAUUACCAGGCCAGAGCAUUUUAGCAUUCUGGCAAAACGAAUAUUUCUUGAAAUGAAAACAGGAGACCUUCAUAAUGCUUUCAAUGCAAAGUGUUUGUCCAAUGAAGAAUUCACAAACUGCUUUAUCAAUAUUUUAAGAGAGAAGCCGUUUCAAGAAUUAAAGUCAACAUUUUUAUUGAAAUAUCGUGUUUCAAUUUCCGGAAGAAGAGGCAAGGUUUUCUGUCGCCAGAUUAAGGAUGCCUUGUUUGGAUUGCUUCAACAUGACAGAUGCACGUCGUCACUUCCAGAAAGUGUCAGAACGAUUUUAAUGUUUGGUGAUGGAAACGAGAAUGCAAAAACCAAUGUAAGAACAUUCGCUUUACAUAGACUCGUAUCACGCGGUUGUACCGACCAAGAUUUAAUUAAAUAUGUUUUAAAGAAAACAUUUUCUAUGAAUAUUACGAAAGUUAGCAAAAUUUUCAAGAAGAGUUUAGAUGUAACGUUGUGUAGAUGGAUAAUUGGAUAUAAAAUGAUCGAUCUGUUUUCGUUUCUAUUGGAUCAGUGUGCUAUUCACAAUGAAAAUAGUUACGAUUUGUUUUGUUCCUCGGAAAAAAAUAUGCUCAUUAAUCUGGCAGUCAUGAGUGGAAGCAGAAAGAUGGUAGAUGUUGUGAAGAAAAGUUUAUCUAUCAGCAACAUUCAUAAAUGUGUCGUCGGGCCGGAACUUUCGUCGUUGUUCCUUGCAAGCUUUUGCGCAUCAACAGGUAUGUUAGCUGAUGUGAUUAAGGAUAUGAAAGAGACCUUAGAAGAUGAUAAAGUUGUUCAAUUACUUAUAGCGGCUUCUUUUAUGGGUAAUAUAGCAGUAUUAAAAAUGCUCCUUAAAACAUUUCAUUUCACCGGUACUGAUACCAAUAUUGGUAAGGAGGAGGAUGGAACUACUCCGCUUAUUGCGGCAUGCAAAGGAAAGCAAAAAGAAGUCGUUGAACAUUUAUUGAAAAUAGGAGCUGAUGUCAACAUAUGCGAUUAUUUUGGUCAAUCGCCAUUAUAUUUCGCAUCACUCAGAGGUUGCAUUGAUAUCGUUCGCAUUCUCUGUGCGGCUGGAGCAAAUCCAACCUUAACCACGGACUUCUCUUCUUCUGCAAUCAAAAUUGCAAAAUUAUAUAACAACAGCCACAUUGAAACGUUUCUUGCAGAAGAAGGUAUUCCCAAUUGGAAUGAUAAAAAAGCAAGAGAAUGAUAUACGUAAUUAGAUAUUAUAUAUGUUUCGCUUUUGUUUGAAUCAACUCAAUAUAAUUUGUGUUUGGUAUAAGUUAAACCAGGGAUCGCAUGACUUUUUAUCAAUAUUGUCAUAAAUCUUUUGCCAAUGAAGGGAGAAUUUUGAAAAAGAAUGGACUAUGACGAUUUAUAAGGUCAUAGUUUCAGACAUUCAUGUGAAAUAUUUGCUGUCUAUUGCAAACUUUGUCCCACUUGAUUCAGUCCUUGUAUUGAUUUCUGCAUUAAAAUCAAUGACAAAUAUGUUA